AUGGCACGAAUAGCUGAUUUAGCUACGGUCGGCGACGUAUCGGAUCUCAAUUCUGAAUUUGAUAAUAAUGAAACCGAUGAAAAAAAACGAAAACGUAACGAUCUUUGUGAAAAAGUAACUUUCCGUCAGACAACUGGCCUCGCACAAAAAGAUGAUCGAAUACAAAAUUCGAAUAGAGAACGAUUUCGGUCACAAUUUAUGGCGAUGAAUGCAUUUGAGCGUCAUAAACGGCUAAUCAAUGAUUAUGUUCGUUAUUAUUCAAAAGAAAAAUCAUUUGAUGCUGUUUUUAAACGUGAUACUACAAAUGAUAAAACCGAUAUUGAUAUUAUACGCAGUGAACAUCGAUUUCUAUGGGACGACGAAGAAGAUGGACCAGAAGAAACAUGGGAAAAGCGUUUAGCUAAAAAAUAUUAUGAUAAACUAUUUAAAGAAUAUUGUAUAUGUGACCUAAGUCAUUGGCAAGAGAAGAAAAUUGCAAUGCGUUGGCGUAUCGAUCGAGAAAUUGUAAGCGGAAAAGGUCAAUUUAUCUGUGGUGAAAAACGAUGUGACGAGAAAGAACAUUUACGAAGUUGGGAAGUUCUAUUCGGUUAUGUUGAACAUGGAAAGAAACGAGACGCUUUAGUUAAAUUGAGAUUAUGUCCAUCAUGUACAAAAAAACUUCAUUUUGGUCAUAAAGUGAAAGAAAUUGUACCUAAAGAAAAAGAAUCAGAGCCUGAAGUCACUGAAAUCGAUCAAUCUGUAUCUGUACAGAAAAAAAGUCGUCUUGAUACUGACGAUGAUACAACAACGAUACCUGACGAUGGUAAAAUGUGGUCACAACCAUUAGCAGAAGCACGAGAGACAACAAGAGAAGACGAAUUCGAAGAAUAUCUUCAAACGCUAUUCUUCUAA